CCCCAACAUCGACCUCCGUUUGUGCAGUAUCGCAACUAGAGAGAAAAAGAAUUGUAGAAACACUGCCAGGCUCUAGAGUGAAGCAGCUUCAGCUUCCUCUGUCGGUGAAGCUAAGAACAUGACCUUGAUGGACAGCUCAAACGUCAACGCUGCAGGCGAGUCACCACCUAAUAAGGAUCUCGGGGGGCUUGGGUGUCUUCACGACGACUUCCCAACGGACUUAAAGGUUGAGACAAUGCCGGAGCUGUUCAAGCCCGGUGAUGGCAAAGUAGGCUCCGACAUCAACGAGAUGCCAGAUAUGCAGGACGAUGCUAGGGGCGGUAGUAGCGUGACGAUAAAGACCGAGCAGCGAGCCCGCUUCACUUUGUUCCCGAAACUGCUGUUCGAGAUUCGGACCAUGAUCUGGGACAAAACAUGCAAGGAGCCACGAAUUGUCGAGGUUGAAGUUCGAGCUUAUCGCAAUCCGCACAGACCUUCUCAACCAUCGUCCAUCUUUGACUUUGAGUUCAGACCCCCCAUUGACUUUGGCUUUACACCUCUGGGACCUAACCCAGCUGUGUUGCAUGUAUGCAAGGAAUCCCGAGAGCAAGGUCUGAAGCACUAUGCUAGGCUUUUACAACGGCCACUCGGUGAUAUCAAUCAUGUCCCUGACACUAUAAUAUACAUGAAUCACGCGGAAGACACUUUGUGCAUUUUACCCCACAACAAAGUGCAACCAAUCGAUGCAGGAUUUUACAUUGCUGUAACAAGCGGGUUUCCCAGCAACUCAGCCGCGGCAAGAGCUGCUGGCCAAAAGGUUCGACGCCUAGUCAUACCAAUACCACCAACCGCUAGAUUCGUUGACUACCCAACGAUGAUCAUUCUCAAAUGUACCUGUCAGCUUAAAGAGGUGGUGUUUGCGACGAACUGGGAGGCCAAACCAGAAUCCCAGAACGGUGAAUCGUCCAACAGUAUGCAUCGGAGCUACGCUAAUGCCCGGAAUCUAAUGGAGCCCGAAGACGGUGCAGAUACGGAAGGCGACGCAUUGAUCAAGGGCUUGAGGGAUCAUUUGGACGAAAUGGCAAAGAAGUAUCCUAAUGAUCCGAUACCCAAAGAAAGACAAGCGAAAGUCCUAUUUGGGACACUCACCUGGACCAGUAUCGCUACCUAAUACGGCAGAGAUUAAGGGACGACGGACUAGCAUGGGGUAUCGAGAGCGAGGGUCAGCGAGUGGGCGCAGCAGCAGCGGCGCUCGAGUUGAAGGAUUUUGUUCAUGUUUGAGCAACGACGGAGGAGAUUUCCCAUAUGAUAGAACCCUUCGGUCUACUUUUAAAUGCUGGUGAAAGGUGCGAUGAGCCAGCGGGCAGUGUUGGUAAAGGAGCAUGUGAAUUACGGCCCAGGAUUAAUCGUCAUUGGGAAAUAUAGGAACGGAGAAAGGCGU